AUGACUCCACUCUGGAGAAUCAAAUUAGUUUUAAAAGAUCAUUGCUAUGCAGCUGGUUUGCCAGGGUCAGUAGAUGAGGAUUUGACCUAUACACCUGAUUCCCUGGCUGCAUUUGUGGACAUUGAGGAUGUGUCCUGCAACACAACUGUUGUAACUGGGGAUUCAUUUUUCAACAGUGUUGCUCAGGAGAGUCACAGCAAAAAAGAAAAGCACACAAGCAAACUCAAAAAUAUUAAAAAGGAUGAUGAGGAUGAGUAUGCUGGAAGUGUUACCAGAUGCAUUUGUGACUUUCAGCAUGAUGAUGGUUUCAUGAUAUCAUGUGACAGAUGCUCUGUCUGGCAGCAUGUGGAAUGCAUGGGCUUGAACAGAUCCAGCAUACCUGAAACGUACUUGUGUGAUUUGUGCCAGCCAAGAAAUGUUGACAAGCGCAGAGCAAUCAGAAUUCAAACCAAAAAGAAGGAAGAGAUGGAAUUUUCAUCAGAGAGCAGUGAUGGAGGCAUCCAACUGCCUGAGGUGAGCAGAAGGGGAAGGAAGAGGAAGUUAAGGAGGGAUGAGGAUGAUGAUGAAAGUGAACUCACCAGUAUUUGCAGCAACAAGAAAGCGAGAAAAAAAUCAAUUUCUAAUGAUAAAAUUGAUUUUCAUAAUGAGAACGUCUAUUCCAAAUCCUACCAAUACAAGAGGCCUCGCUUCAACUCCAGUGGCAAAACUGUUGACAGCACUGCAUGUCUUUCCAUUAAAGACAACAUGAAUAAUAGAAACAUUACUAUUGAUCAUAGCAUUGAGGACAUACGUUUAAACACAUACACUAAUAAUGUCAGCUAUCUUUUGUCAAUACUAAGCAACAAUGCCAGUGAUGAAUUCAAUGACCAGAAUUUCAAUGACGCUGAUAAUCAGUCUAAUGUUAAAAAUUCAACGUCCUCACCAUCUUCUUCAUCGUCCAGCUGGUUGAACCCAGCUUUACUUAAAGAGCAGCUGCUCAAAGUCAAGUACAGGGCUACCGAUGUUGCUCUCAAUACCAAGGGUGUCGUGUCUAUGGAAACGAUACGACCUGGUCAGGUGGUAGGUGAGUUCUGUGGGAUGAUCAUGACCAGGGAGGAGUAUGAAAAGUCCAACUCAUACGAUCCUUUGUAUACUUCUGUUCUGAAUUACACACUGCACAAGAAUCUUACAAUUUGCGUGGAUGCCAGGCAGUGGAACAAUCCAAUGAAAUACAUCAGACCUUCCUGCAGUCCCAAUUCUAAAGUUGUUCACAUGAUAGAAGGCAAUACAGUGCGAUUGUUCGUUUUUGCAUCCAAGAACAUAACUUCAGGCAAAGAGAUCACGUUACCGUUCCUAGCUGACUACCAAAAUUCGUACGCUCUUCAUUUGUUUAUAUGCGUUGCUACAUCUUGUUAUUCUUAUUUAUUACCUUUAUUUAUUAUCCUUACUUCAAGAUUGAGGAUUAAUCAUUUUGCCAAAUUUAUUUUGAACAGUCUUGUUGAAAUGAAGUGUGCCUGUGGAAAGGCUAGCUGUGCUGUCACCAAGUUCUAUAAAGCUAAGUCUAAAAAUAGGUUUUUUCUGCUUAUUCAAAUUUUAAUUUUAAACUUCAUAUCCUAA